AUCACACAUCUUUAAUAGAAUAAUGGACUUAUUAUCAAAUAACAUUAAUCAUACUAUGUCCUCACGGGAUCCUUUGAGCCACGCUCCUGUAGAUCCGCAGAGGGUACGGGUGGUGGCUGGGUCAAAUAUACCCCCGCUGUGUAUCGCUGGUCCAUAUCCUGGAGAAUUUCAAUUUGGUCGGAAUUCAUCAGACGAUUUACCAACCGAUGUCACGAUAAAGGUGAAAUUUCAAGAUGACACGAUCGUUCCGGAGCUGAAAGCGGCCAGUGACUGGCUGAGAGGAGUACGCCCCGCACGAGACCGGCACGAGCAGAAUACCGAAUUUUUUCGCUCCGAUGAUGGGGUUGUUUAUUUAAGAACCUUGCGGAGGCUAAGGGGAGGAGAGGAGGUAUUGGCGUGGUACGGAGACGACCUGGCCAGACAGUGCGGUGUUCCUUUCCUGUCACUAGUCAACAUACAAGGUAAAGAAUGCUAUGUUUGUGAUUCAUGUGGGAAGACGUUCAAAUACCCCAACCCCCUGAAGGCCCAUAUCCUGUUUAAAUGCACAAAGGACGCCAUGACCCAACCACCACAGACACUCUUCAGACCAUUUCUAGACGCCGCUACUUCAGGAAAUAUUCAAAAUUCUACUUUGGAGCGCAGCAAAUACGGCAUGGAUUUCAGAGCUCAGAGCAGUGCUUUUUACUCUCCAAGAUUGAGAGCCCUGCAAUGCCGCGCUACAGAAUUACACUCUGGUGAAUACCAUCAGUAUCCGUCAUUUCCGUUCUUUCCAAUGUCUCUUGCCCCUGUGAUGACUCUCCAGUCACGUGAUUUCGUCUACGGCAAAUUUUUGGCCCCAUAUUUUAUACCAGGUAGCAGAAUGCCUACAUUGGAAAGUUCUUUACAAGAAUGGCGAACUGAGUUCAAAAGCAGACAAUCGGAUAAUUCAUACAAAAAUGAGGUUAUCGAAAAAUUCAAGCUUCCGCUUCCUGGUGACGUAGAGGGGGAGCCACUGGACUUACUUCCGAAAUCUUUCUUCGCCGAUAAAUCACAGAAAGGGCAUCUGUGUUUGUACUGCGGAAAACUCUACUCCCGGAAGUACGGCUUGAAAAUCCAUCUGCGCACGCACACGGGAUAUAAACCGUUAAAGUGCAAAGUUUGUCUUCGCCCAUUCGGUGAUCCAAGUAAUCUAAACAAACACGUUCGCCUUCACGCUGAAGGACAGACGCCGUACAGAUGUGACCAUUGCGGGAAAAUUCUGGUCAGACGACGGGAUUUGGAUAGACAUAUUAAAUCAAGGCAUCCCAAUGUUCUGGUCAAAUCAGAGGUGGAAGACGAGAUUGUGGUUAUUUGAACUGUACUAUUAGUAUAUGUAUAAAGAUAUAUUGUUUACUGUAUUUGCGUAUUGUAAUGAUUUGUCUCAAUAAAUAUACGUAAUUAUAUAGAUAAAGUAUGAUAAUAUAAUUAUAUUUUAUUGUGAUAACAUUAUUAUGCUAUUUCCUUUCAUGUCACAUAAGGGUGUUUGCA